AUGGAGCCCAAAUCGAACGACGCCUUUCUUCAAGACGACGCAGGUAGGACCAUAGCUGAGCACGCUGAGCAAUGCAGAGAAGCAUUUGACAAAUACAUGGCCAUUCCGCAAACUUCGUACGAUCCGACCAUUAUGGAGGAUCAAAGGGCGCGCUUUGUAUGCUGGGAGGCAGACAUGGAUGAAUUUAGGACAUCCGACGCUUGGUUUUACUACCAGCUCAGAUUAAAUCUAAGGGUAGUGAAGCGCAUACAUCGGCACUUGGACUUCAUUUUGAGUACACUUACGCGGUUAAAUUUGAUCAACGAGUCAGCGGAAACCGCGACCGCUAAGAAGCGCCGCCUAUUAGAGUCGGGCCGCGCCGAAGCCACCAAGACUGUCGAGUACUCAAGCAAUGCAGACACUGGAGGGUAUCAAGGCGAAAGCGACGUUUACCUCAUCACCUGCACGAUUUAUGGAACGGUGACGCUACUCCGUCGCUGUUUCAACCAAGUUCGGCGGUCCGCCGAGAUUGCAAGGGCAGGCGAGAAUGGCCACGUAUAUAUAUGGGAGUGUCGAGCUCCAUCGCACAAACUCAUCACCUUCCAGCACGAGAGCGAGUAUCGAAAGCACAUCCAUACGGAGCACAAUAUACCCAUGUCGCGGAUUACCGAAUCGAAACUCGGCAGCUACACGAUGCCACCCAAGAAGGAAACUUGUUUCCUUGCGUUGCAAGAAAUCUCUUGCGACGGCGACGACAGCACAGAAGGCAAGGAUAGCAACCUUUUACCGCGAGAUGACGGCCCUUACCUCGUGGAGGAAGCGGAUGAUGAAGUUUCUGGAAAAGAUUGA